GUCGGAAGUUGGAAAGUUUAUUAAACGGAAUGGAAAUGGUCGACUGUCAAAGCAAUAGCGCGUUUCUAGGGCGGGGAGUUACAUUGUUCGUGAAGGAGAUCGAAUUCGCGUGAACUUGCCGUAACCGAAAACGGUUUCAAUCGAAAUAUCGAAGAGUUAUUUGACUGAGUUUUCGUUUGUUUUGUGUAUGUCGAGUGCGUGUUGUGUAUUCUUUUGUUUUUGUGUGUUCCUUAAGCAGGCUGGCUUGCAAUGAAAGGACUAAAAGUGUCAAGAACAUAACCUAAAACCAGCCGAAACAUCAUCAACAUGAAGACUGCUCCUAAGGGGACAGCAGUCCCAAAAGCGGCCAUCAAGAAGAAAAAAGAGGCAAAAAAUGCUGAAGAUUCUAUUUCAGAAACCAUAUCCUUCGUGAUAAAAGGAAAAUUGACCCCUAUUAAGCAAGAAAUAACGCCGAUAACGUUGGAUAAAAAACUGCAACGGAAGCCUUUGAGUAGGAUUGUGAAGAAGAAGGUUUUCAAGAAGACUAAAGCCAAGAUAAAGGAGAAGUUGUGUAAGUUUAACAAAACUCAAGUUAAAAACUUGAAGCAAAGCCCUAAGAAGAAACUGGAAGCGAAGAAGAAAGUUUUGGAAGUCAAACCCUCGAAAAAUGUCAAAAAAGUGGAAAUGGAAACCAAGAAGAAACAAGCUAUCAAGAAGGUUGCAAAUGUUGCGCCACCAAAGGCGAAGAAGAAGAAACAAGAAACAGACGCGGAGCUAAAAAAAGCUGAAGAUUUGAAGACGAAAGAAACUAUAGAGAAACUUCUAAAACAGGCCACCAGAGUGCUGAAAGCCCCGGUAAAGAGAGUCAUCAAACCGCCAAAGAAAGUCGACGUGGUGAAGAAAGUGAAGAAGAUCAAAACCGAGGUUAAAAAGGAAGAAAGCGAGUCGGAUAAGGAGAAAAAACUAGUCAAGAAACCGAAAGUUAAAACCAACGCUUUGAAGCGGGCUCUGAUGAAGAAGAAGCUGGCAAAGUUGAAGCUGAAGAAGCAGAUGUUGGAGCCCAAAAGGCACAGAGAGGCUUCGCUCAACGCGCUUGCGAAGGUGCACUGUUUGUACGAGAAUGAAUCGCGUUUCGAUGGCGAUUUCAUCAAACACGAUGCCGUAUCGGUUAAAGAGGAGUUUAAAGUGUUCAAGAAUGAAGAGUUUAAACCGAAGAAAGAGGAGGAUGUGGAGGUUAGCACUAGAACGCUGAGGUGUCAACCGGGGUUGAGAGGGUUUGGUAAACACUGGGUUGACAGUACUUCGAGCUCUGAAGAGAAUAGUAGCAGUGAUGUGGAGGUGAAGGUUAAGGUGAAGAAACCGAAAAUCAAACGGGAAGUUGUGACAACUGAGGUGGUGGAAAAACAACCAAAGGAGAUGAAGAAAGUUGUGCGUAAAAAGCGUAGAAACCAAACGGAGUUGUUUAUGGACUUAAAGGAUAUGGUGGUGCGUAAACGCAUGGCAAGCUUAAACGCUUCCGCCAUAUUGGCUGCUAGUUACUCCACGGAAAAAAAAUCGUCAAACCAAAGCGACGAUACUACCGAUUCCGAUACCGAGUCAGAGUAUGUUAGCACCGAUGAGGAGAUUCUCAAGAAGAAGUGCUACGAGGACGACGUCAAAAAAGAGGAGAAACUCAUUGAGGUGCACACCACGCCGAACAAAAAAGUGGCCGUCAUCCUGAAUCAGGACACUGAUGUCACCAUAACGGGCGUGUACGUGAACAGUACCACGAGGUCCACGCACCACGAAGGGUACUGCAGUAUCGCCGGAAUGCAGUACCGGAUUUCGGCUACUAGUCAUACGCAGACGGCCGCCACUGCCGUAGCUACCGAGACCUUGCUGCAGACGUCGACAAGUGCCGGGGGCCCUGAUAAUAGCACCAGCGACUCGAUACAAUCCUCGACGAAAUCCUACACGCCUUUGGACGCGCUGUCCAACAUGCAGCCGCCUCCGGGGCCGGGAAUCCAACACGGGCACCCCGGGGUCAUAUCGCACGGGCCCGUCCCUGUUGCGGUGCCCGUCGUGCCGCCUCACGCGGUGCUCCAGCACGCCCCUGUGGGGGCGGUGAGGCACGGGUGCUCGAGCGCCUUCACUUCGCCUCAUGCGGCGGGGGCGGGAUAUCCGCCGCCCCCCAACAUCAAGGUGCAUCCGGAGGAGGGAGCAUACAUGCAAGGAUAUUAUCAGCCGGCGGGUCCGCUGAUCAGCGUGCCUCAUGCGCAUGGGCAGCCGCCGCCCCACGUGGCGCCGCCCCCGCCGCCGCCUACCGUCGUCGCCAAGACGGCGCCCUUGUCGGACGCGUCGCCCGCCGCCAUGUCGCCGCCGCCGGCGCCCGCCAACCAUCUGGCGCCGCCGCCCGCCCCCAGCAGCAACGGCGGCGAUUCGUCGGACAGUGACGUGAUCAUAACGUCGGUGACGGCCGCCAAGGACACGAUACCGCAGCACCCGCAAUCGUACCGCUUCUCUCAGUACCCGUCGACGCCGCCGGGCUACGCGUACACCUACCCGCCCUACCCCUAUCCCACCCCUCCGCCCCCCACGCCGCCCUACGCGCACCACGAGCUCUGCUACCCGCCCAACCCCUACGUGCAUCACAAGUACCCGCCGCCGCCGCCGCCUGCGACCUACCGCCGCUACCUGAGCUCCUCGUACUACCCCAGCAACGCCGUGCAGGAGGUCUAUUCGCAGCAGCCCGGCGCCACCUCCUCCCAGCAACAGGUGGUACAGGCGACGCCUGUUUCUGCCGCCCCGGGCGGCUUCCAGGCCGUACCCAGCGGCGCCGCCCCGACGUUAAUCGAAACAUACUCGGGUCCGCCGCCUCCCACACUGAUGGAAACGUAUCAACCGCCCCCGCCGCACUACUACGCCGCCUCGGCCUACGGACCGGCGCCGCCGCCGUCGUGCUACACGCAUUCCCCAUCCAGAAGUAUUCCGUAUAUAAACGCCACAUAUCAGUCGUGCCCUUGUCCAAUGCAGUCGUGUCCAAAAAACGUAAUUACUGGGCCUCUUACUGGUGAUAGUAAGAGGUCGGCACUAACUCUCACAAAAGACUCGAUGCCCCUGUCGCCGGUGGCCCUGGCGCUGCCCCUGGAGCCGUCCAGCGCGACCGAAGCCCCCAGCCCGGCAAGGGGCUCCGCCGGGAUGCCGCCGCCGCCCUCGCCGGCGGGGGCGGUCUACCAGAGCCCCGCCGUGGCCAAAGAAGAAUCUCACAACAAUCGGGACGAAGCGAAAAGUCCCGAGAAGAAGCGAAAAGCGAGGGUGGGGAAAGCCAUGGUCAGAAACGACAUAAGGCAGAACACGAUGUUGUUGAUGUGCAACCCGGACGUCAAAAGGGAAAUUGAAAGCCCCAAGGACAAAGACGUGGAAGUUUCCAAAGUUACAACGCAAGAAACGAAGGUUUUAGAUUUGGAAACGUCGCAAGACCAAGGUAUCGAUAUGAACGACAACAGACUUUGCACCGUACUGAAAGAGGAAAAAGUCGUUGAAGAAUUGCCACCACAAACUCCCGAACCUCUACCACCGUGCAUACCGACAGUGGCGGAGAACGUUAAAGUGAAAAACAUGAAGCGAAAAUCGUCAAUAUCUAGUGAAUCAGUACCUGAAGUGAAAAAACCCAAGCCCGAGUUCCAGGGUUCGUACAAGAACUUCAUCAAAAAAGAGCCCAACGUGAAAAUAACCAACGGCAAGCGCAAACUGUUGACCUCGAACGUCAAAAGGACGGUCAAACCGAAAAUCUCAGUCAAAAAAACCAUAUUCAAGAACGCCGCCAACAAAAGGUUGGCGCCGGACAAAAAGAGACCCGUACGGAGAAACCCAGUCAAUUCUAGAUUAAAUAGCAAAUUAACCUCUAAGUCAGAAAAAAGCACCGUAGACGAAACAAUCGAGGAAGUUAUCAGUGAAGCAACUAAAAAGCAGAGAACCAGCAAAAAGGUCGUCAAAAAAGAACCAACGCAAAGCAAGAAAAUCACCAAAAAAGUCAAUAGUCAAUUUAAUAAAGUCGAAGAAGAUGCAACUAAAGCUACUAAAGCAACAGCGGCAAAAGUAACAAAGGACGCAGCGAAAAUCUCCAACAACAAAGAAGUUGCCAAAGCGACCAAAGAGGUGGCAACCAAAGUACCAAAAGCUAAAAAAGUGGUAACCAGUAAAAAGGCAAAGGCAAAAUGCAAGGAGGUCGAACCAGCUGCUGUGAAGAUACCACGACGAUCUUCUCUGGGGCACCCCAAAUGGUCCAAUGGUUGGAAAUGGGAGGGAGAACCUUACGAAGGAAAAGUUUUCAUCAAUAGCGACGAAACUAUAGUGACGAGAACCUGUUACCCGGCGAUGCGCCACACUAGCGGCGACAUUUUGGAACCGAGAGAUUGCGUACUGUUGAAAGCUGGACCGAGGAAAAACGAUCUGCCUUUCGUGGCCAAAAUAGCUGCGCUGUGGGAGAACGCCGAAGAUGGUGAGAUGAUGAUGUCGUUACUUUGGUACUACAGGCCCGAGCAUACUGAACACGGUAGGGCACCUACGGAUUGUACCGAUGAAGUUUUUGCCUCCAGACACAAAGAUUCUAACAGCGUUGCGUGUAUUGAUGAUAAAUGUUAUGUUUUGACAUUUAAUGAGUAUUGCCGGUACCGCAAAAACUACAAAAGGCUAGAAGAAGGCCUGGCAGAGCCCAUUUCGUGUAUACCCCAAUCGGAACCGUACCCUCGUUUAAUACGUCAACCCCCGGACCCGCUAAGAAUCUCGCCGGAAAUGGUGUUUUUCUGCAGACGCGUCUACGACUUCAGACAGAAGCGAAUCAUAAAAAACCCGACUUAAAACGGUAAUUUUUACGUUGAGAUAAAGAUCUAAAAUGCGAUAUUUUUUCGACCCGAAAAAAGAAGUCGAUGGGGGUUAGAUCCCGACUUAUCGGCGGCCACACUUGACGACUCGAAUUUCCGAAGACCUUUCAUAAGUUAUUGUUAACACAGCAAAUCAAAUAUAGUUUUUAAUAUAUUAUAUAUUCCAUGAAAAAUCAGGUCGUAUAGUAAUUGCGUUGUUUUGUAUAUAUAGUUUUUCCAAAACAAAAACCAACAAAAAAUAUAUAGUAUACAUAUUGUUGCAUAAGGGAACAUUGUAUUAUAAGAAACAAACCUAGCGUUAUAAAAUAAUGUAUAGAAAAUAGAGAAUAUAUAUUUAACAUAUAAAAACGUAUUGAUUAAAGAAAAAAAUUGUUAGCUAUUAGAAGCUGGUGUAAAUGGUGUGUGCUUUUAUAGAAUUAGUAGAAAAUGUCAAUGUUAUCUAUUUAAACAAAAUAACAAAACAAACAAAACUUUUAUAACAUAUUAUUAAUGUAGCCAAGCUGAAAUUUAUAAUACGAAAAGUACAAUAUCAAAAAAUACACCGUUUUUAGCCCACAACUUUUAUCUGCAUAAGCUAAAUUCGUUUUUUGCAAAUAUCAUUGUAUAUAUCGGUUGAAGGUCAAAAAGUCAUACAAACAUUUUUUAGAUUAUUAAAUUCUCUAUAAAAAAGGUAAAAUACAUUUUUCAGUAAAACGUACCGUUAUAGAGAUAACGCGCUCUAAAACUAUUCUAAAAAUUCUAGACUAAAAAUAAUUUAUAAUAACCUUUAUCCUACCAAAAAGUACACCAAUAAUCGACUAGGAACUUUAGGCUAAUCUAGUUGCCUAAUUUAUUUUGUUAUGGUUGGUAACAAGCAGCGUUUCCAGAUUCUGUCAAAAAAGUUGCCAAAUUUUGUUUAAAUUGACAAAAUCAACAAUGCAAAUUGUUAAUUUGGCGUUUUUAUUAAUUGUUUGUCAUUUUUAUAAUAAAGGUAAAUUCAAAAAAAAUCUGGCAACUUUUAUGACAGAAUCUAGUGCAUUUCUUUCAAAUUUUAGGUUAUGGGCCCAGAUUGUAAAUAUCUUAAUAAAUAACUAAGGGAUUUGGAUUUAUUUACACAAAUUGAAUGUUUAAUGAAUGUGAACUUGUCCUAAUUUCAUCUGAGUAAACAGAAAGAAAAAACCGAUGAAAAAAUUAAUUUUGUGGUUUUUAUUUUUUUUGCUAGAAAAACUUCUUCAUAGUGCGAUAUUUUUUAAACGGUUUAAUUUAGGUUAAAAGUGUAUUUAACUUUUUUGUAGAGUAUUAAAUUAUCAAUAUUUUUUAUUAAUAAUACUUUGACGUUCAACCAAUAGCACGCUAGAUAAUUGCAAAAAACCGUUAUACCUAAAGCAGAUAAAACUAUUGUGUCUAAGCCUUUAAUUUCUUACAUCCACACUACUUAACUUUAAGUAUUUUUUAAAUUUGUUAAAUUAUCACAUUAUUAUUUAAUUUUCUAGGCGUUACGUAACAUUUUAUACUGGAAGGAAAAAGGUGUAUAUUUUUGAAGGCCUGGUUAAUUUUUAUGCAUUUUACGAAAUUCCAUAAUAAUUUUUUUUUUAUUUUUCCAACUAGGUCUAGCUUCCUCUACAAAUAUGCAUGUUUUAGAAGCUGACAGUAUUUAAAAAAAUGUUAAUAAUUUUAUCGGUGUACCUACCACAUUGUAUGUUAAUUGUUUAUUAUUAUUAUUAUUAUUAGGUUUUAUAAAGUUUAUUUUUUAUUUAUGAUUAUUAUCUAAUAUAUUUCGAUUUUUGUAAUAAAUCGGUUAUAAGUUAAAAACACUUAUAUUAUUUAUUAAUGUAUUAUUAUUUUUAUAUAUCCCCCUCGACACUACAUAUAUUAAUAUAUUUUGUUAAAAUUUGUAUACCCCAAACGUACCCCCUUUGCCUUGUAGGUGCCUUUCUAUUUUUAAAGGCUGCUUAUUUUUGUCGACGUUUAGUUAUCUUUUACCACCCAUUUCAAUAAAUGUGUGAAAG